UCUGUUUUAUAUAUAAAGCAUAAUUAAUGCCUUGAGUUUGCUGUACUUCCAUUUCUUUUUUCUUCUUCUUUGGUUCCUUUGUGUUCUGUUUUUUCUUCCUUAUGAAGCAGAGUGUUCAAUUUUCAAUCAUGGAUGAUAAUUUCCCAUUGAUAGAACAAAAAAGCCUUAUUCAGAAGAAUUUCCCACCUUCUUCUUUCCAAGAAUUGAUCUCUGGAUCUUACUUUUAUGGCGAUUCAAUCCUCCGGGCCUCCAUAGCUCGAGCUUCAAGCUCUGAAAAUGGCGGUUCUGUUGACCAAUCAAGAUCCCCCUCUUCUUCUUCUUCUUCCUCCUCUUCUUCUUCUCCCAAUUCUCCAAAAUCUGAGAUUCAAUUGAAAAGUAAUAAUCUUUGCCCAGAUGGAGAAAGAUUCAUUCCUGUGAAUUUCUUGGAGACAUUUCCAAAGCAAGAAUCUGAGCCUCUUUCUACUCCUCCGUCUCUGUUUCCAGCACGGUCCGAUUCGCCGAAUCUGACUCUGUUUCUUCGAGAACCCGCCAUUGUUGAUCCGUUUCCUGGAACCCCAUUUCGGAUUGAAGCUCAAACAGGGCUCCAAUGGCUGAAGAGCAGCCAAAACAGAGCCCCUGUGGCGGCUGCAUCGAGAAAUUACAGCGAUUUCUGGCUGGGGGCGACAAAGACGCAGCCGAUGAAACAGAGUGGCAGAAAACAGGGGAAUCUGAAAACAGAGUCGCCGGCGGCGGCGUCGGGGAAGCUGUUUAGAGGGGUCCGGCGACGGCACUGGGGGAAAUGGGUGGCGGAGAUUCGGCUGCCGAGGAACCGGACACGGGUUUGGCUCGGGACGUUCGACACCGCCGAGGAGGCUGCCGUCGCCUACGACACCGCCGCCUAUAUUCUGCGCGGGGAAUUUGCUCAUUUGAAUUUUCCCGAUCAGAAGCACCGGCUGAAGAGCAAUUCCCUGAACCGGACCACGGCGGCGCUGCUCGAGGCCAAGUUGCAGGCGAUCUCCGAGGGGAAUUCCGGUAGAAAAAAGACGGCCGCCGGCGCCGCCGCCAUUGACUCUUCUUCUUUUCCGGAGAAGGAAUUCUCGCCGGAGAAUUCGAAAGUCUUGAAUUUGAGCCAGAACCCGGCGAGGUAUCCGCCGGAAAACAUGUCCGGCGGAUCCGAAAUGGCGGAUUUGAAGAAGAAUUCGGACGGAAUUUCAGAGAUUGAACAACAUUUUCAGCUGAGUAGAAUGCCUUCUUUGGACAUGGACAUGAUUUGGGAUGCUCUGUUAUAGUUUCUGAUUCAUGAAUUUCUCUCUCUCUCUACUUCCUCUCUCUUCUGGUUUUUUGUUAUUUCUUUCAUUGGUUCUUUGCUAUAGUAAUUAAUGCAAUCUUCUCAGUGUUUUUUUUUUCUCCUUUCUGAAAUGAUGAUUUAUUUGAAGGGGCUUUUUUUUCUCUGAAACCCCAAUAAUUUUGUUGCCCAUAUUUUUCUUGUAAGUUUCUUGACUGACUUGG